AUGGUUAUUACCAAGGAAGAAUUAAACGAAUUAUUCAGAGAAUGUCAAUCGCAUAAACGUAAUAAUCCAUCUCAUAUCCUCUCAAAGCUACAUGCUAUUAUCGAUGAUCUGAUUGAACAUGUUGAACGAUCACAUGACGUUCGAAAAGUAUUCGGUGGUCUUGUCAAAGAAGCCAUACAAGAUGAAAUUCAGUCAAUCAGUUCAAAUCAGCAAACUAAUGGCGAUGAUGUUUACCGGCAAAUUAUUAUUUUCUCAUUAGAUCUUCUUUGUCGAUAUUUACUUGUACUUGAGAAUUUAAUUAGUGAUAAUGAUCAACGUAAUGGAACUCAAAAUAAUAAAAAACAGAAAUGGUCCGUUCAAACUUGUUAUACUGAUUGGUGUACUAAUGAACGCGAUGAAAUACUUUAUUUGUUUACGAAUUUCAUUAAACUUGAUCUUCGACAAUUUUGGCAUGAAACUGAACGAUUAGAAGAUCAACAAAUUGGGAAUACGAUUGUCGAUGCAUGUUUAACAAUUAUUCGAAAUAAUCAAUUUUCAUCACGAUCAAGAACAGUGAAAGAUUAUUUAUCAUUUAUAUUAGCCUUAACUAUUGGAUUAUUUCGUCUUGAAGAAGAGUCUAGUAUGAAAAUUAUUCAAAUGUUACAAAUUCAAGAACAUACAGCCACCAUCUAUUCAGCUGUUGUUGUUUGUCAUGUAAAACAUUUUCGAACAGACACAUUAUUAGAAAGAAUUAUUAAUGAUAUUUGUCAUGUAUGUUUGUCUCCUGCAAUGAUUCAAUCAUCUCUAUCAAAUGGCUCAUGUCGUUCAAAUAAUUCACAAUCAAAUACCCAAAACGAAUCAAAUAGUUCUCGUACAAUGGCAAAAUUGCUGGAUGAAUUAUCCACUCAUAUAUCUGAUCAUUUAAUAGUUUAUAUCAAUCGUUUACUGGAUUUAUUCGAUAGUGAUUGUUUACAAAUGCGUAAUUGUUUGUUAAAUAUUUGUGUAAAUAUAAUUCGCUAUUGUUCAUCAUUAUCUGAAUAUAAAGAAUUACGUGGUGAAUUAUUUCUUUUAAUAAUUGAUCAAUAUUUUCUGGAUUCUAACGUUCAUGUACGAUCGCAUGCCAUUGGUUUAUGUAUGAAUUUGGUUGAAUCAAAAUUAAUUCCAACUAAAUUUUAUUGUCAUUUAACACAAGCAACUUUUGAACGAAUGAAUGAUACAUCAUGUAUCGUAAGAAAACAUGCUAUACAGUUAGCAACAAAAUUACUCAAAUUUAAUCCGUAUACAGAUAGGUUUCUUCCAAUUGAUCAAAUGCUUGAUGAAUACAAUGCUGAAAUGAAUAAAUUAAUUCGAUUACAAAAAUUAUUAGGACAAACAUUAAAGGUAGAAAGUGUUCCAGAUGAUGUAAAUAAAACGUAUGAAGAGGAACACGAGAAUGAUCUUGAUAAUCAACAUGUUUUAUUUGAACGUAUUGUUGAACAAAAGCAACGCGUUUGCGCAAUGUAUUCAGCUGAUGAAUCAUUACCAUCAUUUGAAAAAUAUAAUGUUGAAAUGAGUAAAUUAAUGCAGUUGCAAAGUAAACUCAAUAAUUGUUUAUCUACUCACUCUGAUAUCGAAAUAAUCGACGAUGAAGAACCAGAUGAAAAGGCAACAAGAUUAUUCGAUAAUAUGGUUAAACAAUCGAAACUUGUAUCCUAUCUACAUAAUGCAACUGAUUUUUGUAAUCAUCUUCGAAGAUUUCUUGCUAAAGAUACGUUCUAUUUGCUAAGUUCAAAAGUAACAAGUGAUGUUCUUGAAAUAAUUGAUUUUCUUGUUUUGUGGUCAACGUUUGAAUGUGAAUCGACUGCGUACAAGAAACUUGAACAAGAUAUGUUUUCAUUGAUCUGGUCAAAUGAUAAAAAUAUUUCUAACGCUGUUAUUAAUGCAUUUAAACGAAUUUGUAUUAAAGUUGAUGAAGAUAAUACAGAUGAAAAGAUAUCAUCAAAAAUAAUUAUUGAAAAAUUACUUGAUCAUAUCGAUUUAAAUUUAACAUUAACAUUUGAGCAUAUACUAAAACAACUUCUCAGCGAAUCUGCAUCAGUAACAGCAAAUAUAUUAUCUUUUAUUGAUGCUCUUCUUGAUUACUAUUUGGAAUUAACAACAAAUAAUUCAAAAAAAAACUCGUCUGACGAUUUUAUUAAACUAAUUCGUCAACGCCAAUCAUCAUUCUUACAAUUAAUAUCAUUAGUUAUUCCCUAUGAUAAAAAACAUCGUUUAUCAUCACAUUUCAAUUGCAUUAUUCAAAAUUUUCUACGUAAAAUUAGUUCAGAGAACCUUGAAUAUGUUCGAUAUCAACUGCAAAUUAUUUCAAAUAUAUUAACAGCAAAAAGUUCAUAUAGCAUUCCCAAUGAAUUUUAUGAUUUAAUCAUUAAAAAAUUGCUUGAUUCUGAUAUAAAAUGUGAUCAACGUUUAUGGAUCAAUUGUAUGAAACAAUUCAUAACUAUUCUAUUUCUUAAAGAACCUAAUCAACUUUCAGCCAAUGAUCUAAUGAUGAAAUUUCAUCAGGCAUUAGCUGAUCAGAUUCAUUGGUCAUUCGACUAUACAGAUUAUCAACCGAAAGUACAUGAUAUAUCAUGGAGAACAAUAUUCAUUCGGAUGUUAGCAUCAAUAAAUGCUUUAUUAAGUCAUCGAGUACAAAAAAUUGAAUGUAUUAAUUUAUCAUCAAUUAAAAAAGUUCAACAAGAGAAUGAUUCUUUUAUUACCAAUGAUGAUGAUAAUGAAACUAACAAUGAAAAUUCUUUGCUAUCGUCAUCAUCAUCAUCAUCAUCAAGACAAUUUGUUGAUGAAAAUAAUCAGCACAAUACAGAUAACCAAGAAGAUGCCACAUCGAUUCAACAGCAAAAUUCUGAUCUUAGCCAACUUGAAAAUGAAUUACUUCAAUCAAAUACAUUUUUUUCUUCAAUUGAAAAAUGGAUGGAAACAUUCAUUUAUGAAGAUCAUUCAUUGUAUGAUGAAAAUCUUGUUUCAACCAGUAUUCUAACUUGUACUCGUAUGAUGUAUGUGUCAUCGGUUCUAUGUUCAAAAUAUGUUGAUCGAAUCUUUGAACUUUCUAAAAUAUGCGCGUAUUCAUCUGUACGUUCUGCUUUAAUUGUUUCUCUUGGCGAUCUUCUUCUACGACAUCCAAAUAUAAUUGAACCAUUUACACCACAAUUUUACGCACAAAUUCAUGACAUAGAUUUAAGUGUUGGUGAAACAGCAUUAUGUACUAUUGCAAUACUUAUUUUACGAGAAAUGAUUAAAGUUCGUGGUUAUAUUAGUGAAAUAGCAUUGUGUUUAUUUCAUUCUCAUACACCAAUAUCAAGUAUAGCUCAACAUUUUUUUGAUGAAUUAUCAUUACGUCAACGUGGUCUCGCUUUAUUUAAUGUACUACCCGAUAUAAUAUCACGUCUAUCAAUGAAUAAUAUAUGUUCAACUGAUUCAUUUCAACAAAUUAUUUCCUAUCUCUUUUCAUUUAUUAAAAAUGAUCGUCAUUGUGAAAUAUUAGUUAAACGCCUUUGUCGACAAUUUAAACAAGCAUGUGGCGAUGAUCGAAAACGUGCAAAUAUUGCAUUUUGCCUGAGUAAACUUAAUAUAAAAACAUUAGCAUCAUAUCGUAUACUAAAAGAAAAUUUUCCGAAUACCGUUGAAACGAAUGAAAACAAUGAAGAUGAUUAUGAUCAAGAAGAACAUUUAGCAUGGAAAAAAUAUCUUAUGCCUGUGCUUAAUGAUAUUGAACGACGUUUAAAGCCAGCGGAACUCAAUUCUUCCAAACCUUGCUUAUCUUCAUCGACACCGAAACGCAAAGUCGAUCGAUUAUCUUAA